GCUGUUGCUGUUGCUGCGAGUCGAAGUUUAGAUCAGCCUCUGAAGGUUUUAUUUACAUCCAAAUGAUACUCUAGAUCGUAAAGACAAUUGUCUCGAUGUGAAUUAUCAAUCAAAUGGUUUAAUCUCAUCACCAUCAUCUUUCUCAUUAUUUCCUUCAUUUGGUCAAUCAUCACCAUUUUUAACUCCAUCAUCACCAACUUAAAGUCACUUCUUCUUCCUACUCAUCACCAAUGCAUUUGUUUUUUAUCUGUUCCAGUUGAAUUUCCUCUUCUUCUUGGGUUUCAUUUGCCAUCAUCAAUUCAUCAGUAUUAUUAGUUAAAAAUGAGCUCCAACUUUUACACUCAUCUUCAUCAUCAACAUUAUUACAUACUCAAAGCAACUCUAUUUGCUAUGUUUUACCUGUGUAACUAAUUCCGUCUCAUUUCAUUGACUUUUUUUACAUCCACUUGUUUUGUUUUGCCUGCAACAAAAGUAAAUAUUACGGGCCUAACUUGGUUCCUCAUCAAAGUUCAAGGGAAUCCUAAUUGUUUAUUUUAUGUGUCUUCUGGUUUUUAAUUUAAAUUGACAUUCAUCAUCUCUAUCAAUAUCAUUAUCAGUGUCAUCUUCAUCCAGUGUACAGUUGAAGACACUGAACACAACCAUCUGACAACUUUUAAUUUAAAUAAGUAAAGCAAAUCAUCAUCAAAUAACCAGCUCAAUGAUUUAACAAUUUACCGAGAGCAUCAAUAGACAUCAAAAUGCAUUUUUUUACUUUGUUUAUUUACAUCUUAUUUGUACCUUCAAUCCUGACUUCAACCGAAUCAGAUGGAAGGUCUAAAUGUGAAGAAAUUACCGUUCCAAUGUGCAGAGGUAUUGGUUAUAAUAUGACCUCUAUGCCAAAUCAAUUUCAUCACGAGAAACAAGAUGAAGCUGGAAUGGAAGCUCAUCAAUUUUGGCCGCUCGUUGAAAUAUCUUGUUCCGAUGACUUGAGAUUUUUCCUGUGCUCCAUGUACACUCCAAUAUGCAUGGAAGAUUACACGGAAAGACUACCCGUCUGUCGUUCAGUUUGUGAAAGAGCACAGGCCGGUUGUGCUGCAAUCAUGUUACAAUAUGGUUUUCCUUGGCCUGAAUCAAUGGAUUGUAAUAAUUUUCCCGUCUUUGGAUCUCAAGAGCAACUUUGUAUGGAUCAUAAAAAUGGUGAAACACCUGGACCUGGAACUGUAUCCACACAAGCAUCCAUACCAUCAAAGCCACCACCACCUCAUUACCCUUCAACAACAUUUUAUUCAUUAUCAACCGCACCAACUUCAACAAUUUAUCCUACGUUCAAUAGUUCAACCAAAAAUGUCGAUAUAACUGGUUCUCGAUGUCAUUGUGAAUGUAAACCGCCAAUGAUUUCAAUCAAUGUCCAAAGUGAUUAUUACAAUCACAUCAAUGAACGUGGUGUUAUUGAUUGUGCUCAACCUUGUCAUACAAACCUAUUUUUCACCAAACAAGAACAAUCAAAAUCAUCUUUAAUGAUCACAAUAGCAGCAUUUUCAUGUUUACUUGGUUCCAUCAUGGUCAUCUUUACCUACCUUACUGGUCGAGAACGCUUCUGUUAUCCUGAGCGAUCAAUAAUUUUCCUCUCAGCCUGUUACCUAAUAGUAUCAAUUGGCUUUCUUUAUCCUAAACUGACCAACUCGGAAACAAUUGCCUGUGAUUCAGAUAAACUUUUAUAUGCAGGUUUUGGUACACCAACAUGGAACUGUACAUUUGUCUUUAUCCUAAUCUACUUUUUCAGUAUGGCUGCCUCUCUUUGGUGGAUCAUUUUAACCUUUUCAUGGUUCCUCUCAGCCAGUCUCAAAUGGACAGUUGAAAUUAUAAAUGAUUAUUCAAUCUAUUUCCACUUUAUUGCAUGGUCUAUUCCUGCCGUUAAAUCUUACCUGGCCAUAACAAUGAAGGCAAUCGAUGGUGAACCUUUGGCUGGCAUCUGUCUUGUGGGUAACCUUAACUCACAACUUCUUGUCCGUUUCAUCAUUGCACCUCUCUGUGCCUACCUUAUUGUAGGAGUUUUUUUCUUGUUGGCCGGUCUUUUUUCAAUCUUACGGAUACGCAAAUCGAUUCGUAAACAGAUUCGCCAAAUAAACGAUAAAUGCGGACUGGACAAGUUAAUGGUUCGAAUCAUAAUCUUCUCAAUUUUACACAUUGUCCCAAUCCUUGUUGUAAUUGCAUGUAACUACUAUCAAUACUCACACGGGUCAAUCUGGGAACCGUAUCAUCAUUGUCUAUGUAAUCCAUAUCGUCUUGAAACACCGUAUGUGACAAUUCAUCUGGUUAAAUACAUCAUGCUCCUGGUUCCUGGUAUAACAACCUGUUUUUGGAUACUCUCGGGUAAAACACUUGAAUCUUGGUGGAACUUUUUAGCUCAAAAAUUUUGCUGCUGUUUAACCAUUGCACCUCCUAACCCAAGAGGUCAACUGAUUGGUUCAACAAGCGGUGGCAGUAGUCAAUAUAUUGUUAAUAGUCAGCGAAGUUACAAACAAAUAAAUCACAUUGCUCAGCUGUCAGCAUCAGGACAACCUCAUAGGAAAAUUUCACUCUCUCAUGUUUAAUUACCUGUCAUCUUGAGAAACCUCAUUGGACCGCCUUUGAAUCAACACACCAGAAAUACAAUCAAUUUUGAAGCAAGUCAUGAGAUGGUUAAAAAAGGAUAAUCAACAAAUCGAAAGAAAUUAAAGGAUGAGAAUGAGAUUCAUGAUGGAAACAAAUUAGCUCAUGCUAAGCUUCAAAACUCAAUUCCAAGACAAUUUAUCUCAAUCUUUCCAUUGAUUCGUUUUUGCUUUUAUUGCCAAAAGGAGAAACAAUUUUCAAUCAAUCCGCAAAACUCAAUCAUAAUCGUUUACUGGAUUCUUAUACAAAUGUACAUUUGAUGCAUCCAAAACCUGUAAUACAAAAGCCCACGCUAUAGCAUGUUGACUCACACAGAAGCACGGUUAUCGCAAAUAUUUUAUAGCAUCAGAAGCAAAUUUUGGCAACACCGUUACCAAGAUAAUUGAUAAAAUUUAUGGAAUCAAGUUUACAAAUUAAUUACUUCAUAAUUUCAACCAAAGAUUGCCAAAUGCAAUAGCUAUUGGGAGAAAGCAGCAAACCAUUACCAUUAUAACCUUUUUGGGACCAUUUGAUGUUACCUGUUUUCCCCCAUUUCCUCACAACUCAUCUUUUACCAUUUUAACAUAAAUCAUCAAAUUGAAUUAUCAACCGUAAAUCAUCAGCUCAAAUCACCAACAUCGUCAUGGUUAAUCGUAUUUAUGACAUUCCAUGCCUGGCUGUUUUCACAAUUAUAUAAUGUUUUUCAUUGCUUUUUCCUAUCGCCAUUCUUCAUUUUAUCUUGUCAUUUUGAAAUCAUUAUUUAAUUAUUUUAAUCAUGUGAUAUAAUUCCUAAACAACAUUCCUUUGGAAAAACAAUCAUCUUUUACUGUUCUUUUGUACUAUCGGAUCACAAUUAGCAACUCUACCCGAAGUAAAUCAAUUGAAAUUAUUGACGAAGCUGUUUAUUAAAUAAAUGAAAGAUUCAACGUUGGAUAUGGGACCAUUUCAUAUGAACAAGUUAUUAGAAAAGUAAUCACGAAUCAUAGUUAUUGUCACACAAUUUGCUGCUUUCAUGAAUCAAGAGUUAUAUUCAUUGUCUAUCGACUGGAUCAAUAAUGAUUAAUCAUGAGCACACACAUCUACAAGUAUAAAAUUUCAAUUAUCGAUAUAUUCAAAUGCUUCACUUAGAGUUCACUUUAAUCAAUAUUUUGAUUGGAUUUCCUUUUUUUGGCUGCAUCAAUCAUCCAAGCAAACAUCGCCACCAUUUCAAGCUAAACACUUUCAAGACUGUAUUCAAGCGUCUGUACAAUUCAUCAUGAUCAUCCUCUAACAAACCAAGAAGCCAUCUUUCAUCUGCAAGUUCAAGACUAAUAAAAUGGAGAUCUCAGAAACUGCGAACUUAAUCACGAUGGAAAUGCGCUUCAAUGUUGUUCAAUUUGAUGGUCCAAAUUAUUUACAAGAUCCAGAGGAACUCUCAAAAGGCCGAAUUAAACAAACCAAUUAAAUAAUGUGCCAUCGUUUUUUUAUACAUUUACUAAUCAACAAAAUGAUCUGAAUGUUUAAAAAUGUCUAAUCAGUAUUAUUGCUAUUAUUGAAAGUCACUUUUUUCAGUCAAUAUUCCUCAAUUUAAUAAUAUGAUACAAUAUAUUACUGUAUUAAUUGAUGUAGUGAAUACUUUUUUACAAAACAGGGUAAACAAUUAGGAAUUAUUGUCUGAUAAUUGUGACUUUUUGCUACAAAUGAUUAUGCUUUUGUUUUCUUUUGUAAUUCUUAUUGUAAAUCGUAUUAUCAUGAUAAUCAGAUUGUUAACCAUUAUCACCCACCUUUUCACAUGCAUUUAGGAAUCACGUUGAGUUGAAACAAGUUGAUCAAUACAACACAUUUAAAGCGGAUUCAAUCAAAUUGACUGAACAAGGACAAGAACAAAUAAAAAAUGAUUCCAAUUUGUAUUGAUCAAUUUUUCCGUAUAUUUAGUCAGUUAUUGUAACUCCAACUUUAACAUCGUCCAAUAUCUUAUAUCAUCAUGAAAGCCAUAAACAGGGUAUUUUUAAUCAUACAAUAAUUCCUAUGUAAUAACUCUCUUACCUCUUUCUGUUCAUCAUUUAUAUCUCGAUAUUGUUUUCGAUGUAUUUCAUGGUAAAUUGUAAACGUUUUAUUCACAAAUUAACUUAAAAUCUGUUCCUUCAAACUCACCCAUUUAUGAUGACAAAAUUCAUCAAAAAUAAAGAACCUUUUCUGUUA